AUGAGUGUGAUGGCAUCGGAAGCGGCUCAGCUGCCCUUCGAGCCGGCUGAUCCUUCGCGUUCCUCCAAUGUUAUCCAAACCAGCUCGUCAUCUUCACAAACAACUGCCGCCACACGCAGAUCUCAGUCGCAAGGACGAACACCUUGGCGAACUGAACGACGAUAUACUGAGAUCGAUGACCACACAUGGAAGUACACGUUAGAGAAUGAACUAGCCGGACAAACGGUCGUUGGAUUCGGCAAUGUACCUAUUCCGUCUAAAGACAAUAUAGCUAAACUAAGAGAUCGAAAAUUGAGUAUUCGUGCAAUCACAUGGAACAUCAAUGAAAAGCCAGUUAAGACCCUGGAUCUUCUCGCCGAUCAUCUUGAUCACAUUCCAGAGAACCUUCUCGAGGAUAUUAUCAUUGUUGCUCUUCAAGAAAUUCCUCCAUCAACCAAGACAUUUCACGAGGAAGCGUUAGCUAUAAUAAUGAAGCCUUUACGACAGACACAUUCAACAUUUAUAUCUUAUCGGGCUUGGAGUCAAAUGAUAUUCGUGUUUAUGAGGAAAGCGCACACUCGUUUUACAACUGAACCUAUAGCUAAAUUUGUACCGGCGACAACACUUGCGAAACCUGUCCGAACUAAAGGUGCUAUCGGUGUUUGUUUACGUAUCUACCAGCGGUGGACCGUCAUCAUAGCUUGUCACCUGUCACAUCCCACCCCUAUCCAACGAAUUCAGGACUACCACAAGAUAAUGAAGAGUCUUAAAUUUCCCGCGAUGUGCAGCUUCAAAGGGAGCGACGGUAUUUUUCACGCCGAUUGCGUUUUUUGGCUCGGCGAUCUUAAUUUUCGAAUUACCGAAGAUACUAAGAUUGACUGGAAGGCUCAACUGCAACAACCUAAUAUUGAUGAUAUCGAAAAAACCAUGAAAAGUGACGAAUUGAAUUUAAUUCGGAAGAAAGAGCUCGCAUUCGCUGAGUUCACAGAACCGCAAAUAUCAUUUGCUCCUACGCACAAGUUUGAAAUAGGUACUAAUGACUAUGUGCCAAAUAGAAUUCCUUCUUAUACGGAUAGAGUUCUCUACUGGACGAGGUUACCAAGCUGGAUUGAGACAGUCACAUAUAACUGCAUACAAAAAACCUCACAAUCUGAUCAUCGACCAGUCUAUGCUACAAUUAGACUGGAAGUGAUCAAUAAGAGUACCCCAAAGAGAUUCAACAGUGAAUGUUCUAGUAGUAUUGCCUCACGAUCAGCAACGUCCGAUGUUGAGACUAGAUCCACGCUCAUCAAGGGAAACUCAAGUAACACAUAA